CCUACAAUGAAGCCAUAAUAGUGUCAAUGAUUGUGGUAAUGGUUACGACGGGAGAGAAAUAAGCAAAAAAACAAGUCUUCUUGUGGUAACCGACAGCCCCUUCUCGAGCAGUCAUGUGAUGCCUAUGACGAGGGGUUAUCUCAACAGUGAAUGCCUUCACUCUUGUGGUGAAUAAUAAAGACAAACGACUCAUAAAUUGUCGGUUAAUUGUGUUAAUUGUGACACAUUUUGACGCUAAUUGUGAAGACAUUUAAUGAGGAAAUGACGGCUAAUAAUAAUAACAGUAAUAAUUCAUUGGUCGAUGAGUUUGAGAAUGCAUUUCAGUCAUGUCUGUCUGCGUUGACAAACCCAUCGACGGUUCACAUCCACGACUCCGACGAAGUGAAGACUAGUGUCGAGCAAACUAUUCAACGAUUUCUAGACAUCGGUCGACAAAUCGAGUGCUUCUUCCUUCAGAAAAGACUCUUACUUUCGGAUCAAAAACCAGAACUUAUUUUAUCAGAAGAUUGCAGUGAAUUGAAGAAUGAAAUCGCAAGAAAAGACCAGAUUUUGACCAAAUAUUACGAUAAGUUACAGCUGUGGCAGUCUAUGAUCAAUGAAACGGUGGCUAAUAGUGAUGGCAGUCAUCAUCUUCAGAGACAGACAUCUCUGAACCAGUCGAUGACUGCACCGCAAACACCGAUGAGUGGCCAACCAUCGCAAUCUCAGCCACCACUCAGACAUGCCGUUCAGAGUCCAGUGGCUGCUGGCAAUGGACCGCAUUUGAUGAGACCUUCAAUGGGUCCACAAAUGUCUGGACCAAUGACUCCGCCACAGAUGAUAUCUUCAGGUCCAAUGCCAGGACCCGUUGGGAUGCUUCCUCCCCCUCCCCCACAGACAGGUAUGGCCAGCGGUCAGCCCACAAACAUGGGACCAAUGAUGGGUCAGAUGCCGACCCAACAAACUGGUCAACCAAUGGGUCAACAAUUUAUGCCACAGCAGUCACAUCCGGUUGGACUUCAGGGGCCUUUGGCUUACUUGGAGAGAACGACAUCUAAUAUUGGAUUACCUGAUCCGAGACGUUAAGACGCAAACACUUUUCAAAUAUCAAUCAUUUAUUGAAAAAUCAUUUUUUAAUAAAAUUGAAUACAAAUUAAUUUUGGAAGAAAUAGUAGUUUUAAAUCCUUUGAAAAUACAGCAG